AUGCCGCCUAGAUCCAACAGGUCGUCACUUCAACGGACCCUCUCCAACAAAUCCAACAGCUCUUCUUCGUCGUCCUCCGCCAGCAAGCCCAAGCUCAAACAGAACAAGCUUGACUUUUCCUUUCACUCGACGACGACGACGACGACGAAUUCAAGUCGUCCUUUUGGAUCAAGACCGCUCAGCAGCACUCCUUCGUUUGGCUUGCCAACCGCUGCUGCUCCAGCCGCACCACCGCAACGGCAGCAGCGUACGGCCUCACCACUUCCGCCAGCGCCUCCGAAAUCCACCAUCGCGACGGGAAAGCAGAAGCAACAAGACUUCUCUACACAACUCGACGAUGGGGACCGGUACAGUCAGGCAAAUUCACUCUGGUCCGAACGACUUGCUCCAAACAGCGCCGAGGAGUUGGCUAUUCAUCCCAAGAAAGCAACUCAAGUACGGACAUGGUUGGAAGAAGCAUUCUCCUCGAACCCUUCGCUGCUCAGACCUCGAAAGUUGCUCGCAUUGACAGGUCCAGCAGGGGCCGGCAAAUCAGCUACCAUCCGUGCACUUGCCGCCCACCUCGACUUCGACCUGCUCGAAUGGCAAAACGACCAACCUUCUUUCGAUGCAAAUGCACCUGCUUCAAGCUUCGCCGAACGCUUCACAGACUUUCUUUCCAAAGCCGCAAAGUUCCCCACACUGGACUUCCAACAUGAAGAUGCACAGGGCUCGACUGCGACACUCGACACCGCCAAUCGACGCAGAGCGAUCCUCCUGGAGGAUUUGCCCAAUCUACACCACCUUCCCACAAAACAGCUCUUUCAAGCCUCGUUGCAGCAUCACAUCCAGCAAUCGACUCAACUCACCAGCCGAGGUUUCUCCAACGUUCCCAUCAUCCUCAUCGUCACCGAAAGCACUCCCAGAGAGGACCAGGAUCGGUGGGCAGGAGAUGCAGGUGCCACGUGGAAGGACAGGAUUGCUUCCAUCAUGGAUACGCGUACUGCACUAGGUGAAACGAUUCGCAAAAGCCCAGCGUACACAGAGGUGAGGUUCAACCCCGUAGCACCGACGAUCGUACUCAAGGGUCUCAAGAGGGCAAUGGAGCAGUCCGGAAGAGGUGGAAAGGUGUGGUUGGAGCUGCUGCAGGCGAUCGCUGAGGAUUCGAAUGGUGAUUUGAGGGCUGCAGUGAAUUGUUUGCAGUUUGUAGGGGUCAAGGGGGUGGGGGAAGGGGUGAGGAUGAAGGGUGAGGAGGGGAGGAGGAGGGUGAGGAGGUUAAUACCGUUGGUGUCGGGGAGAGAGAGUUCGUUGGCCUUGUUUCAUGCGUUGGGAAAAGUGUUGUACAAUAAGAGGGAGGGUGAUGCCGGCGAUGAGACUCGAAAUGCUCGAUUCGCUACCGAGGAUGAUUCAGACGAUGAAGCCAGAUCCGAUACCGAAAAUACGCGGCUUCAAGAACGGCUGACUCGAGCCAUGCGGUCCAUCAUACCACCCUCCGACGACGACGAUGAAGUGGUUCAAACACUUCCCGAUCACCUAUCGCACCUUUUCCGACGGACAUCGCGCGUGCACCCAGAUCAACUGUGGGCCGACCUACCGGUCGAUGCAAGCAUAUUCCAGUUGUACCUCCACCAGAACUUUCCGCAGUUCACGACCGAAGUCGAGGAGUGCGAAAGUGUGCUGGAGGAGUUCAGUACGGCGGAUGUGUUGAUGCCUUUGCACGAAGGGUACAGGUUUUCCACCUUGUCGGCGUACUACGGGUUUCUGAUCUCGGUGCAAGGAACGCUGAUGGGUUUGCCGAGUCCUGUCAAGCGGCAAGGUCAGAAGCUGGGGAAAGCCACGUGGUGGGAUGUCCAAAAGAAGCUUCGUGGCAUCAUGCACGAUGUAGAGGACGUCAAAUCGAGCUCCACCAGGGUCACGGGUAGCAUCGAAAGAGAGGAUUCGACCGUGACUAGGUUGAAACGCACCAAGUUUCAAGUAUCACUCCCCAUCACCGACGAUAUGGACAGAUCAGAUGCCGGUCUGGGCUAUGCUUCGAUCGAUACGUUGCUCAUGCGUAGCGAUACAGUGACGCUGGUUACGGAGGUCCUGCCACUGUUGGCGAAGAUCAAGCCAGAUGCGUUUGAGGGGAAGGUGGGUGAGGUGACGAGGAUGAGGUUCGAGUAUGCGGGAGUGGCGGAUAUGGCGGAUAGGAUGUUGGGUGAGCACGAGUCGGGGGUUGUAGAUGAGGAGGAGGGGGAAGCGGUGGAGGGGAAGGCUUCGAGUGGGGAUAAGCGUGGGGUGAAGAGGAAGGUCGCAGAUGGAGGCGGGGAGGUAGGGGUUGAGGAACAGUUGAUCUUGAGCGAUGAUGAUAUUGGGGAGUUCUAG